ACCCUCCUCCAUUAAUUAUUUGUAUGUAUAGCAAAGUUGAAUUAGUUUUUUAAUUGCGACACCGGCUUAUUCUAGGCGAAUUUAUUUAAUCAAAACCGGGUGCAGCGGAGAACCCACCUACUCAAGAUGCUGCGGGUCUAAAAUCAAACGAACCUGUUAGUUCUAAAUCAGCACGUGAAAUGCUGCUCACUAACAGUCUCUUUACUAGUUGAGCUUGGUUAAGGUCACUUCAAUAGUCUCCGCACUCUUUUAGGAAGGAUAUCGUUUUGAAGUAGUUUAUCUAAAGAACAGACAUGGUGUUCCUGACGCUGUCUUGUUGGAUCAGGAGCCGUGGACCAGACGGAUAUUGGAAACACCAAGAAAUUCUCAAACAUGCACGGCACUUCCGAGGCAGAAAGAACCGCUGCUACAGUCUGGCUGUGCGCGCGGUGCGGAGAGCUUUCGUCUACGCCACGUCGGCCCGCAGGCUCAAGAAGCGCAACAUGAGGACGCUCUGGAUCACACGCAUUGCAGCAGCAUCUCGAGAGCACGGCAUGAAGUAUCCCGCCCUUGUGCACAACCUCACCAAGACAAGCGUCCAGCUCAACCGACGUGUCAUCAGUGAUCUAGCCGUCACAGAACCUCGGUCAUUCCUCUCGCUUGCAAAGCUGGCGCGGGCUCGCCAACAGGAAGGCUUUCGUGCAGCGUUGGGAGACGGCAAAGAGCCUUCUGGUGUCUUCUCUCGGGUUGUUUUGCUGCAGUAAAGGACUUGCUACAGAUAUCCAGUUGUUAUGUCGUUUAAAAUAAUGCUGGUGUUGGAGCUGUUUAUGAAAUGUGUCAUUCAGGCACACACACUCGCAUCCUUGAUUUACAGCUGUCCUUUUUUAUGUAAUGUCACUAUACUAUAAGGGCUGCAUGUUUAACAACCCACGUAAAUGACCCGGGGUACGUCACAUGAUGAGACCGAUGAGGAACACUGACGUUCUCCACUUCCAGAUCUGUGUUUCUGCCUGUGCUGUGUAUAUUACAAGUCAACAUGGGAGUCUCACAUGGUUAUCCACACAUAUCCUCGUUAGGGAUAUUUGAAGCAGAGUUGCCAACAGAGCAAUGUUCCUGAAGAAGAAAGGGAUGCGCUAUCUUGCUCAAGGACACUCUUGUAGGGUGGAUGAUAACUGUUCCUUGAUCCCUGAGCUUUUUGAUGUAUAGCUUCUCCACUCACUGUGGUACAUGGAACUCAUGCUGCUAUCGUGUUCUCAAAAAGCAUUGCGUCCCUGAAAAGAGAUUUGACAAAUGUACGUGCCGUUGCCUUCAACUAACACUUGAUAAUGCACAACUCUUAAAUAUAGUAGUAAAUUAUUUUCAGGACCCAUUGCAAAUGAUGUUCAGAGUCAAUUAGAUGAUAUCUUAGGAAUUAUCUACUUUUAUGUUAUAAUGAGAAUGUAAUUAUAAUCCAAGAUGGCAUUUGGCAGUAAAAAGAAUAGCAAUAGUAUGUCCACAGACAACCCUGCUUCUGCUCCAGUCACAGAUUUCCAUGUGCCAGGCGGUCCUGACUGUAUUGUUGCCUAGAAAAUACCUCCAGUAUACUAAUACAGGAUUUGUUAUCAAUUUACACAAACCUAGUCCUUUGCAUAUGCUACUUUUUGUGAGGUUAUGGUUUGUUGCAGUUUUCGGAAGGAGAGGCAGAAUACUGACCUCAAGCUUUGUCACUUAAUGUGUUGUGUCUCUGUAAAUAUAUGAUUGACAAGUUGUUGUGGUGUGGUUAUCCUCUUAAUGUUUAGUUCAUUAAACAUUUUGAUAUAUA